AUGUCUAGCAGAAGCCGGUCAUCGGUUGUCGUCGAAGCAAAGGCCGGGGCGCGCAAAGUGGCUCUGCUGGGUGCUGCCGGCGGGAUCGGCCAGCCACUUGCGCUGUUGCUGAAGAUGCAGCCGCUUAUUGCAGAGCUCUCUUUGUACGAUAUUGCAAACACUGUGGGAGUUGCCGCUGACUUGAGCCACUGCAACACAACAGUCAAGGUGACUGGACACACUGGACAGGAGAGCCUGGCUGCAGCUCUAGAGGGUGCUGACCUGGUGGUCAUCCCUGCUGGAGUGCCCCGCAAGCCGGGCAUGACCCGUGACGACCUGUUCAACAUCAACGCCGGCAUCGUGAAGACCCUGGCUGAGGCCAUCGCCAAGCACUCCCCAACGGCGGUGAUUGCCAUCAUCUCCAACCCGGUCAACUCCACCGUGCCCAUCACUGCGGAGGUGCUGAAGAAGGCCGGCGUGUACGACCCGCGCAAGGUGCUGGGCGUGACAACGCUGGACGUGGUGCGCGCCAACACCUUUGUGGCCGAGGCCAAGGGCCUGGCCGUGCAGGACGUGGAUGUGCCAGUUGUGGGCGGCCACGCCGGCAUCACCAUCCUCCCCCUGCUCUCCCAGACAAACCCGGCGGUGUCCUUCACAGAGGACGAGGCGGCAAAGCUGACGGACCGCAUCCAGAACGCCGGCACUGAGGUCGUUGAGGCCAAGGCUGGCGCUGGCUCUGCCACCCUCUCCAUGGCGUACGCAGCGGCGCGCUUCUCAGAGUCUGUGCUGCGCGGCCUGGAGGGCGAGGCGGACGUGUACGAGGCGGCGUUUGUUGAGUCCAAGGUGACGGAGCUGCCGUUCUUUGCGAGCAAGGUGCGCCUGGGGCCCAACGGAGUCGAGGAGGUGCUGCCCCUGGGCAAGCUCACCCCCUUUGAGGAGAAGGGCGUUGCAGACCUCAUCCCUGUGCUGAAGAAGAACAUUGACACUGGAGUGGAGUUUGCCAACAAGUGA